CAGAGUAGCCAUUACUAGCAGUAGCAAGAUAAAACAAAAUUUGUAUUAAGAUGGGGUUUCUUACGGUAGUGACAUUUGCAGUCGUUGUAAGUGUACUACUGUAUUAUUACUUCACAAGAACGUUCUCUUAUUGGAAGAAACGAAAUGUUACCGGACCGAAACCAAUACCGUUUUUUGGAAACAUGUAUAAAUCCGCUAUGCGCUACGAUUCAAUGGGUGGAGUUUUUAGAACUAUAUACGAAAGUUUCCCAAAAGAGAAAGUAGUGGGAAUAUUCAGGAUGACAUCUCCGGCGCUCAUUAUACGAGACCUCGACGUUUUAAAGCAUGUUUUGAUAAAAGAUUUCGAAAAUUUUGCUGAUCGAGGCUUGGAGUUCAGCAAAGAUGGGCUAGGACAAAACAUAUUUCACUCCGACGGGGAGAUAUGGCGAAGCCUGAGAACUCGAUUUUCACCCAUGUUUACAAAUUCAAAGCUGAAGAAUAUGAUGCACUUGCUCAACGAUCGAGCUAAUAAGUUCGUUGACUACGUAGGUGAGAUUACAGCGAAGACACCCGAGCAUGAUAUCCAUGGAUUGGUGCAGAAGUUCACAAUGUCAUCGAUAACUGCGUGCGCCUUCGGUGUAGAUAUGGACACCUUUCGUGAAGAUAUUCCAACUUUAAAAAGAGUCGAUAAGGACAUAUUUACACCUAAUUUUAUGGUUGAGUUGGACAUGCUGUUCCCUGGUGUCCUUAAAAAGUUAAAUCUGUCCGCAUUCCCGGCGUAUUUAAAGAGUUUUUUUAAAGAGCUUGUCGAAAAUGUAACUACUGAAAGAAACGGAAAGCCGUCAAAUAGAAAAGACUUUAUGGAUUUGAUAUUAGAAAUGAAGAAUGAAAAACAAUUUGAAGUGGCCAAAAAGGACAGUGAUGGCGAAGUCCUUACGAUUGAGAUAACUAAUAGUGUAAUAGAAGCACAAGCCUUUGUAUUUUUUGCUGGCGGUUAUGAGACCACAGCCUCGACCAUGGGUUUCAUGUUGUAUCACCUAGCAUUGGACACUAAAAUGCAGGACAGGUUAAGAAAUGAAAUAGAUGGAUACCUUGAGAAGCAUAGCGAUAAAAUAGAACUGGACACUUUAAAUGAGUUACAAUAUUUAGAUCGUGUUUUUAAUGAAACUAUCAGAAUGUACCCGAUAGUGGACAUUGUACAACGGAAGGCUCGAAACGACUACGAACUACCGGGAACGAACGUCAAAAUAGCUAAAGGUCAAGUUGUGAUCGCAUCUCUUCCGGGUAUUCACCACGAUGAGAAGUACUACCCGGAACCGGAGAAGUUUGAUCCCGAAAGGUUUUCUCCAGAAAACGUAGCUGCCAGGCAUUCCAUGGCGUAUAUGCCCUUUGGCCUUGGACCGCGACAUUGCGUAGGAUUGCGCUUUGCCCGCGUGCAGACCUACGUGUGUAUAAUCAGACUUCUCUCAAAGUUCCGCCUUGAAGCCAGCAAGAACACCGUUCGCUCCUUUUCUUACAACCCAUACCGGAUCGUGAUGGGUCCUAGCAAGAUCCUCUACGUGAAUAUUUACCCGCGGUAGGGCCAUUUGUUACAAUGAAAUACUAUUACGUAUUUUUAUUAAAAUUCC